AGGCGGCCACCACCACAUCUACGCGUCCUCUUCUCGACGCGUCCAUUACCUCCCUCUCUAAUGGUUACUCGUUGAAUCGAUGCCCUAGGAAACGCCUCUCCCUCUCUCUCCGUCUCUCGGCCCGACGCAAGGGGGAAGACGGUCGUCCGGGAGGCAUGGCGCUAGGAAAGGCGUUACUGUCGAGGGUCCCGUCGUCCUCCGCUGGGUGGCAGCGCCGGGACAACGAGGCCGGCGGCGUGGGUGGACGGGCGGAGGAUGAGGAGGAUAUCGAGGAGGGAGGAAGGGAUGGGGCCUCGACGGCGGCAGCCUCGGGACAGGAGGAGGAGCAGGAGAGGUGGGCGUCGAUCCUGCCGGAGCUGCUCCGGGAGAUCGUGCGGCGGGUGGAGGCCGGCGGGGAGCGGUGGCCGAUGCGGAAGGACGUGGUGUCCUGCGCCUGCGUCUGCCGUAGCUGGAGGGAGGUGACGAAAGGAGUCGUCCGGCCCCCGCUCGAGACCGGCAAGAUCACCUUCCCUUCGUCCCUCAAACAGCCAGGUCCAGCGGAUACUCCGAUUCAGUGCUUCAUCAAAAGGAACAAGAUGAGCUCCACAUUCUAUCUGUAUCUUAGCUUGACACAAACAUUUAUGGAUAAGGGAAAGUUCCUUCUCGCAGCUCGUCGGUUUAGGCGUGGUGCUCGCAUCGGGUACAUCAUCUCUCUUAAUGCUGAUGACCUGUCUCAAGGAAGUAAUGCAUACAUGGGAAAGUUGAGAUCUGACUUCUUGGGUACUAAUUUUACAAUCUACGACAGUCGGCCACCAUACGAUGGAGCUAAGGCAUCAAGCAGCAGAGCAAGCCGGCGAUUUGCAAGCAAGCAAAUUAGCCCGCAGGUCUCUGCUGGUAAUUUUGAGAUUGGACGGCUCUCUUACAAAUUCAACCUUCUCAAAUCUAGAGGUCCAAGAAGGAUGUGCUGCAGUCUACAUCACCCCGUGGUGGUACAAGACAGUUCAGAGGAAGAUCUGCUGAAGUCGAAGGCACAUGGCCCUGGAAUGUCUUUAGUCCUCCAGAACAAGGCUCCUCGGUGGCACGAGCACCUGCAGUGCUGGUGCUUGAAUUUUCAUGGUCGGGUGACAGUGGCCUCGGUGAAGAACUUUCAGCUAGUGGCGACUGCAGAUUCCAACCGACCUGGAGGAAUCGGGGAUGAGGAGGUGGUGCUGCUGCAGUUUGGUAAGGUCGGUGAUGACAUGUUCACCAUGGAUUACCGCCAGCCGCUCUCGGCGUUCCAGGCAUUUGCUAUCUGCCUCACCAGCUUUGGCACAAAGUUUGCCUGUGAAUAGCAGCCUUCCUACAUUAUCCUGCAAUGUAUUGUCUUGUAGUUGCAGGGACAAUAUAUUUUGUUUAUUCGUCUCUCUGGAUUGAGGAGAUGCUGCUUGUAUCAAUAUUUUCAUCCAGGGAGUAGCCUUUCUCAGCUGCCUCCUUUCUUUGACUUCUCCGAGAAAAAGACUGUAUGUGGCUUUUUAACAAAUGCAUUAAUGAUCAGAUCUUGGAACAUAUAGCUCUUUAAGCUCA